UACUCCACGGCUCCGGGCAGAGGCUGUGCCUGUGCCCAUGCCCGAAGAGGGGAGGGAAACGCUUGGCGACGUGGAGCGGCCACGUGGAGCGGACCUGGGGCGGGGACCUGCCGCGGCUAUAGCGCGGCAGGCGAGACAAAGCCGAGGAGCCCAUCUCAAACCAGCACGGGAGCUCACGGAGCAGCUUCAGGGAAGAUGCUGUCCUUGUCACUGUUGCUGUGGCUGGUACCCGUGGGUCAGGCUGCUCCCAAGGAUGGGGCUUCUAGGGCAGAGGCUGGAGCAGGACAUGAUCUGCCAUCUAACCCUUUUCAGUCAGGCCAGGAGCAGUUUGGUUUGCUGCAGAACUACCUGAAGGGGCUGGGACAGGCCUCCGGGGACCCAGAAAACCUGAGCCGAGAACAGGUGCUAUUAUAUCUCUUUGCGCUUCAUGACUUUGACCAGAGCGGACAGCUGGAUGGCUUGGAGCUUUUGGCUAUGCUGAAAGAAGCUCUGUUUCCUGGGACCCGUGCUUCAUCUUCUACAAGUCAGGUGAUCAAAGUAGUGGACAAAGUACUGGAAACCCAAGACUUGGACAGAGAUGGGCUGGUGACACCUGCAGAACUGCUUGCCCUCCCUGGAGAUGCUCUGGUGCACCAAGAGCCACAGGAGUCCUCCGUUCCACCUCCCCAAGACUCAGAACUCAUUGACAGUCCUGUUAUGUUGGCUAUAAAGCUAUUAGAACAAGAUACCAGGGAGGCCAUGAUCCAGGAUGAAGCCACAGGCCCUGGAGGGGAAGAUGGUGAGAAAGUCAUAGACCCUGGGCAGGAGGCUAGGAGCCUAGGGGAGGCCACAGGAACUGGAGAGGAGAAUGGAGGGAAGGUCACAGACCCUGUGCAAGAGGCCAAGAGCCUGGGGGAGGCCACAGGCCCUGAAGAUGAGGAUGGAAGGAAGGUCACAGACCAGGAAGCCAGGAACUUGGGGGAGGCCAUAGGAGGCCCCGGAGGGGAAGUGGAAUACCAACACGAAGCUGGAGAGGAAGUCAAGGGUCCUCUUGGGGAGGCUGGAGAAGGGAUGGAGAUUAUUGUGGCCGAAUUGGGAACCCUAGAGCUAGGAGAGAAUUUAGAGCCUAGAGAGCUUCCAGGUGAGUUUGAAGGUCAUGCCAUUCAGCUGGAGAAUGAUGAAAUGUGAGUCUCAGGGAUUAGGUCACAGUGCUGGAAGACUUAAUCCCACAUUCAGACAUCAAGGGGAGGGGGUGGUGGUGAGGGAGGGUGUGAAAGUCCCUGGUGCUUCCCUAGGCUACUGAUCUCAGCCCACCACUGCUCACCCUUUUCCUGGUCCUUACAUGAUCCUUCAUUGGUCUCACGGAGAACCCAGAGCUCAGGUUAUAGAACAACUAAUAGUGACAACCUAGCCUGAAACUUGACUGUCAUCCCACAAAAAGCAGGUAGCAACUGGGUCCGCUCAGGGCUCAUGGGCUUGUGCUGAAUGACCAAGAACUGAACAGCGUUUGCCUGAUGAACACUAGGCUACAUGUCUAGUCCGGGUGAAUCAGUCUGGUACAUGGGUGAAGGGCUUUGGGGAAAGGGUGGGUGGGCAGAUGGCCCUAAGUAAUCUUGGGAUACACAGACCUGUGUGCAGCCUCUUUGUAAUCUGGGACAUGUUAUCUACAUGUCUCAGAGAACCUUAGCAAGGCUAGCUCCAGACCAACCUGUGAAAUGGGAAAUUUGUAUUUGGUGCCAAUAAAUA